GGUAACCCCUCCGAACACACCAAAAGGAAGGAGGGCAAGCAUCCAGACACCGCGCAGGAAGCACCCGUACUUCACAGGAAACCAAUCACCCAGACUGCUCGCCCAUCGCUCCAUUUGAUCAUCAUGGCUCCCAAAAAGAACAAGAUGUCUCUCACAGACUUCCUCGGUGACUCCGGAGGAAAGACGUCGUGGGCGGACGACAUGGACGACCUGCCGACCGCACCCGCGCCGCGCGAGUCUUCUUACGCCCGCGGCGGUGGCGAUUACCUCUCCUCGAUGCCGGACCGCAAGGACCGCGAUGCCGCCUUUGCAGCCGGCUCGGGGGCGUACGGCGGCCCGCCACGCGACGAUGUGCCACUGCCGACACGCCCGCCUUUCACGGCGUUCAUUGGCAACCUCAACUUCGACGUCACUGAGGGUGACGUACUCGACUUUUUCGCUCCGCUGACCGUCACGAGCACACGCCUCGUCAGUGGGCCUGACGGCCGACCGAAAGGGUUUGGCUACGUCGAGUUCGACAGCGUGGACACUCUCAAGGGCGCCCUUGAGCGCCACGGCGGCAGCUUUGGCGGCCGCACCGUCCGCAUCAGCGUCGCCGAGCCGCCGCGCACCGACCGCCCAGGCUUCGCGCCGUCCAUCGCAGAUGAGGCAAGCCAGUGGCGCCGCGCUGGUCCACUGGCAGCAGACGGACCUGGCGGAAUCGGGCUGCGCCGUCGCGAAUCCAACUUUGGCGGCACCGGCAGCCGCUUUGGGGCAGGAGGCGACGGCCCCAGCGGGUUCGACAGCAUGGAGGUUGGCGAGGGUGGACGGCGCGUCGGCUUCGGCAGCGGCUUUCAGUCCGGCGGCCCCACGCCCGAGCGUGCAGCAGGCGGCUUCGGACGCUCGAGGUAUGCCGCCGAUGCCGCUGGCCCCGGCGGGUACGGCGGGCCUGGGCCGAUCAGUUCCGAGCCUGGUCCAGGUGAUGAGGCGAGCAACUGGCGGACAGGCAAACCGGUUGAGUCAACCGCAUUCGGCAGCGGUGGGCCUGGGACGCCACGCAGUGACCGGCCCCCAGCCGGCAGCAGGCGCGAAUCCCUCGCGACAGACAUGGAUGAAAAGUACGCCGGCCUGGAGCGCAUGGGCUUUGGCGCCAAAUUCUCGCCGGCCGCCGCACCCACAUCGCCAACCGAAAAGCGCGGCGGUUUUGGCUUCGGCGAGCGCAAGAAUAGCGCUUUCGGCGCUGGCGCCGCGGGGCUCGGAAGCAGCGGCGACAGGACGCCCGCUGCGCCUGGGCCUGCGGACGAGGCAGACACAUGGCGCUCCAGCCGGAAAGGCUCAGUUGCAGCGUCUGCGUCGCGCAAGCCAUCUACCUCCGACGCUGCAGCAGCAGGAGGUGAUGACGGCAGCGGGCCAGCAGCACCAACGCAGCGUAAGAGGCUCGAGCUGAAGCCGCGCAGCGAAGGUGCCGACGCAGCAGGAGCAGGAGCAGCGACCUCGCCAACAUCGGCUGGCACAUCGUCCAAAGGCGGGGUCAACCCGUUCGGGAACGCCAAACCUGUCGAUGCGGCGGAGCGCGAGCGCCAGAUCGAAGAGCGCAUGCGCCAGCGCGACGCUGAACGUAAAGAGGAGCGGGAGAGAAAGCGGGAGCGUGAGCUGGAGAGGAAGGAGAAGGAGAAGAAGACUGUUGGCGACGCUAGUACAAAGGCGGGAGCUGAUGCACCGUCGACGCCUACGACGGACGGCUCAGUUUCUGCUGAGGAUGGUUCAGCAGCAGCAGCUGCAAAGAGGCCGAGCCAGGGUCAGCUCAACCCGCCGACCAACCCAUGGAAAAAGGUCGAGCCUAAGGCCAGGCAGCAACCAAGUGAGACUUCAGCGUCCUCAUCCCCCACGGCAUCCGCUUCAGGGGCGAAAAUCCCGCGCGGUGGUGCGCCAGCAGGCGCGCAAUGCAGGACCUCUGCGAGCGCUUCCUCGCAGUCGCCGGCGCCUGCUAAUGCGUCUGGUGAAGCUGCCUCGACGUGCGGCAGCGAGAAACGCUUCGAGGCGGCUUCCCCCGCUGCGCCACAGCAGCGCGAGUGCGCUGCUCCUGCUACUGGCGCGUGGGGCGGCGGACGCAAGGCUGCAGGUGCACUUGCUGUUGCUGCUGGCGGUGCGCCUAAGGAAAAGGAUGGUGCUGACGCAGGCGCUGAGGUCGCAAAGGCUGUCAUGAGCGUCGAGAUCAAAGAAUAGGUGUGUCACGUCCACGCAAUCCCUCCCGCACACCUCUACACUGCAAAAGAGCGAAGGGAAAUCGUGCAAAGCUCUCGCUACCCACAUGCCACAACAACAACCCCCGCGCACAUAUACAUAUGACCCCUCGAAAGAUGCCGACGAUAUGCCAGAUAAACCACCCGUACGCGGCCCCAUCUCGGAUCUCCGUUGCAUGGAACGACAUGAACAUGCACGCAGCAAUUCCUGUUUUGUAUUGUAUAGCAUCACCGCACGCUUCCUC